AUUUCUGUUACUGGAAGGCACGAGGUGCAGCUAAAUACUUUUUGUAAACAGGGCUGCAAGGAAUAGAGCAGCCAGCAUGCAAGUAUGGACUCUCCUAGUUUAUAUUGAGUCUCUGAACCAGGAAUGCGAGGAAGAGUUUAUAAGAAGAGCAAACAGCCAUGCAUCACCCUGACCCAUUUAAAACCCGGCUGAGUUUCCAGCAGCAUCUCAGUAGUGCAGCCCUCAAGCUCACUGACAACAAGGUCUGAGACCUCAGGGGAGCCCUUUGCUUGUGGAGGCUUGUAAUAAACAGAAGAAAAAGAAACUUGUAUUUCCUCCCCAGCACAGCCACUAGCUUGGAAACCUUGCAAAGGCUCGCUGUUCUCCAUCACAUCAAGCACAACUGCUUGCCUUCAGUGCCAGCCUCGUUGAACUUAAUGGCAGUAUCAUCUCUUGGUCCAUGCUGGCGCCCAUAUUGAUAGCAUGGAAAAGGAGAUCUCUUCAGACUGUCUACUUACAUGCUGGUACGUGCAGUAAAAUAUAGGCAGGCAUAGGCCAGCCUCACAGCCAGGAAGGUUCCCCAAAAGCAGAUAAGAGACCCUUGAGGCUGGGAAGAGUGCUGAGGCAUCACAGUGAGGCUGAGGUGCCCUUGGAGGCAGGACGUCCCAAUUUCCUGGCAGCAGGAUCCCUCUGCUCAACAUGCUGCUGGCUGUUGUGCCCAUCUUGAGGCACCCCAACCCACCUUCAUGCUGGGUUGGGAUCAUACCCAGCUUGGCGUUAAUACAGAUCAGUCAGAGUGGGAUGUUUAGAAGCACCUCAUUGCCUUGCUUUGCACCUCAUUGCUUUGCUUUCCCUGUAGAACGAGGCUCAAAACAUGGGCAAAAUAUGUCCUUCUGUUGCCCAGAUAGUUGCAAGUGUGGGAUCAGAUAGACACCAAAGAGCUCAAGUUUAGCUUCAGCUCUCGAUUUCCCAGUAGCCCUUUUUACAUCCAGGGAGAUGGAAUGUUGAGCGUGUCUUUUGGAGCUGCUCCGUUCUGGCUGAGCCAUGCACUGUUUCCAUUCCCAUCAUCUUUCUGCACAUGACUAAUUCUUUCUGCCAGGGCUGAGUGACCAGCCACUGCCUGGAAACCAAACAAGCCACUGGCUGCAUUUCCUGCUGUUCCUCAGCCUGCCCAGCCUGCCUCUGUCUCCCCAAUCUGAUAACAUCACACGAAAAGGCACUGACGAAUUUCUUUGCUAUUCUGCCAUCCCCGAGUGAGAAAUGAGCCUCAGAGCCCAGGCUAUUCUUAGCACUUUUACAGCCUCCUUCCCCGACCUUGGGCGGGCACCAAGGCAGCCCUCCGUCCGUCCCAUGGCAUUGCUUGCAGUACAGGCUGUGUGUGCCAUACAGCCUCUCUUGCAGAGCAGCUGAGAAUUGGUGGCACUUGGGGACUCCUGCUUGGAAAUGGCUGUAGUGAUGCGACAGCUUUGUAUGACAGUGUCCUUUAUGGCACCUUGGCUUUCUUAAGUUGCGGGAGCGAGUUAUUGGCAGUAUAUCUGAUCGUAUCCAACUUAUAGCAUGGGGAAAGGCAGGUUUUCUUGAUCUUGAAAUACUCUGUAGUCUCUCCACUGCAUUGCUGUGAAAACAUUAACUUUCCCAGUCGCCACAGUCAUUCUUUUACCCAUUAACCCAGCAGUAGCUGCUGUGGGCUCACAGGCAGGUGACAGCCGAUAAUAAACACGAGGAGUGGUUUCAUUCCUUGUGGCUUUUUUUGCCAGCUCUAUGUUUGUCCAAGCAGCGGGCACCCCACAAAGGGGCACGGCGUGUUCCCGGCGCUGCUGACAUCCCGCUGCCUCUCCUCCCUCCUUCCUUCCUCUCCCUCGGCCAGGCUGGGGGCUGCAGACAUCAGCUCACCCCUUCUUCAGGCGCCGAACCUGACUUUGCAGCAUCCCCCACGGCAGCCCCAGGAAGAGUUCUGGCUGCGUCAGCCAAAAUUCCUCCCGGGGACUGUGCUGCAAUGCAGACACCACACCCCGCUGCUACAUACGGCACCGCCGAGGGCUUCCCUCCUCCUCCUCCUCCUCCCAGUUAGUAGCGAUGAUUUCGGGUUGCCCGGCGUUCCAGCGGCCGUGAGCGCGGCACCGCCGCCGGCAGCAGCGCCCGCUGCCCGCAGGGAUCGCCGCCCGCCCGGCUUCGCUUCUCUCCCCGCACCGCCAGAGCUGAGCCGUACCCAGCCGGGAUGGACGGCCCUGGGCAGCGGAGUGUGAAGAUGUCAGCGCUGUGUUUGCUCUGCUUGUCGCUUUUCCCGAGCUUUUCCCUGGGCAGAGUCGUCGGCAAGAACGAAGCCGGCUUUGCCGAGUGUAACGUGUUCUUCCCCGGCCGAGUUCCACCAGAAGGAUUCACCGAGCCCUUCCACGUGAAGAUCUGUCAGCGGUACAACGGGGAGCCGCGCUUCGCAACCCUCUACAGCACCAAGGACAAAAUCCCUCUUUAUUCCGCUUUCAAGUACACGGGGGCAGCCCGAAGCGGGGCGGACGAGAGCUGGCUGCUGGAGCCGCAGAUAGAUGAUCCAGAGAAUGACCAGCAUGAGAUGGUGGUUGAAGCGGAUGUUGUUGGCUCUUUGGCCAACCUUGGUGCAAAUCAAGCUCUGACCUCAGACUACGUGGGCUCUGGUUAUGAGCGAGGGCUGCUGAACCCUAGCUCGCUCAAUGAGGAGGACUUCCAAAUGGCCACCUAUACACUGACAAAUGCUGUCCCUCUGCGUCCCUCUCUGAGCAAAACCUGGCAUAAUGACAUCGGUAGGGUGGUGGAGCAAGCUCUGUUCCCUCAUUGUUCCAAGAAGGACCAGCUGUAUCUCCUUGCAGGAGCAAUUCCUUCCAGUGUCCGAGUUAAAGGCAAGGUGUCUGUGCCAGAGACCCUCUGGCUGGCAGCGUGCUGUGAUGCUCCAGAGGGAUGGUCUCUAGGACUGGUGAAGAAAGUCAAUGAUGAAAGCAGUUUGGCAGACCUCACGGUGGGAGAGCUGGAGAAGCAACUCCUAGCGGGGCUUGACUUGUUCAAGGGCAAAUGUGGAGAAGACAAAGAAAGCAAUGAGAAAAUGGAAGCAAUACUGCAAGCUGUUAGUCAGAUCCGAUCUGGAGAGCAGGUAGGAACAAAUGACAAGGAGGAGGCCAAAGACAGUGGCUUGGUGAGGAAAGUGGUUGGCAUAAUUGCUACGCCUUUCAUCAAACUUCUGGAACUCCUCAUCUACCUGCUUGUGGAGCUGGUGAAAUAUCUGUUUUAUUUUCUGUGGCUUGUUAUCAAGCGAGUUGUCAGUACUCUUCUGGAUGGAGUCUACAGCCUGUGGAAUGGGAUGGUGUCCUACCUUAAAGCCAUCAGCAUGGUGCUCAUCAGCAUCCCCUAUGAUGUGGGGAGGGUCAUCAGCAACAUCUUCUUGGGCUUUCUGGGAAUUAUUCAAGAUGUGGCAGUCAUCACCUAUAGGAUUCUACGCAUCCCCAUGGGGUUUGUCCUUCACCUCGCUUCUUUCCCUUACUAUUCCAUCUGUGCCAUUCCCUCCGUUGUCACAGACAUGGCCGCUGGGAUCGGUGGCACCUUCUCGCUGGCCAUUGAUGCCACAGCCUCCAUCCUGCAUGGCUUUUAUUACGUGGCUAGUCACAUAGUCAAGCGGUUUAUCCCUAAGGGCUCCUCUGGUGACUGAUAGGGGUGGAAAUCAAGGCUGCAAAGACAGAAAAUGAAAGAGGAGUGGGGAAAUGCUUUAAGAUAUGUGGCCAAACGCUGUUGAUUUUGUUCUGGUAUUUAUUGUAAGUGACAUUAAUAAUAUGGGGAGUAACAGGGAGGGCCGAGGUAACUUCACGAGGGGACAUCACCAUUGCAACUCAAGCUCUAUCCGUUUCAACGUGUUUGGAUUCUAUUGGUGCAGGUCACAGACCUGCGAUUUGCAGACAUCAAGCUGCUUCCUCUGGAAGAUGCUCUCUAAAUGUGGUACAAGGUUGUUUCUUUCCUACUGCGACAACACUGAGACCUAUGCACGGGCAGUGACCUCUGCAGAUGCACAUCCCUCAUGGUGCAGAGGUGGUGGUCUGGGGAAGGACUUCAGUUUCUGAAAGAGAAAAGUUGGGCAGAGUGCAAGGGUAAGGGGCAAGACGGGGAUUGGGGAGGGAAUGGGUCCGAGUCGUGCUGCUGGUUGCAUUGCUCACUGCACUGGAGUCUCUCCAGCAGAGCCUGAGAAGGAAUUUGGCUGGGUGUGUUUCACAGCUCUCCAGACCUGCUGCCAGCUCCUUCCCUUCACCACACCGAGCUCGCUUUCCCUGAACUAUUCCCUGGUGACCAAUCAAGAUCUCAACCCCGAAUUCCUUGCCCUGGCUGGUGGGCUCCAAAGCCCAGUAGAGCCAUGUAGGUGAUACUUUUGGUCUUGAAUCAAUCCAAGGUCUUGUAUCAGUCCAAGUAGCCUGCCCUACUUCUGUUCAGAGCUGGCGGUUCAUCCAACACACAGCUGGAUGUGCCAGAGAUCUCUGCUGGAUGUGCCCAGGCUGCGGAUUGGUACUGUCCUGGUCAUCCUUCUUAGGCAUAUUGUGCAAGUGCACCUCAAGCAGCAGGGGGGUUGAAAUCAGAUUAUCUUUGAGGUCCUUUUCAACUCAGGCCACUCUGUGAAUUCUAUGAUUCUGAAAUGAUCCUCCUGUAGGACUGCUCUGAGUUGGUGGCAGCACUGAUGUACGUACAAGAGGGACAGGGGGAACUCAUGACAGGGGAAGAGCAAGGGAGCCCUGUGGGUCAUUUUGCUGCUUUCACUGAUUUUAUGUCCUAAUAGACCUUGCCUGGAGAGCAGCUGGAGGUGAGGGAGGCCUGGGGCACAGUUUGCAUUCUGCUCCAUAUAUCUCUGUCCAGUGACUCCAUUAUGAGCAGCGUUCAUGUCAGAAGGGCACCUGUCCCUCACCUGCACUCCCUGUCCUCACUGCUCCUUUUUCUUCAGCCCUUGUUCCCAUGGGUGUGACGUUGUGGGGACAAGAGAAGAGGGAAGGUCUAAUCAUGCAAAAUCAGCAACGUUUGACUAAUCCCUCCUUUGUACUGAAGCUGUCAGUGCAGCGGUGGGCACCAGUGUGUGUGUGCCCCAGGGUCCAGGAUGUGGUGGCACUGAUGUCCAAAUGCAGCUCCAGCCGCCCCCCACAUGCCUCUCUUGUGCCUUAAGCAUAGCCUUAUCUCCAGACUGCUCUCAUAUCCCAGUGCACUGUGGAAUUGAUGUCACCAUAUCUCCAUCAUCACCUAGUGAGGUUGAGGCCAGCCCAUCUCUGUGCCGCAGCCCUGGUCACAGAGCAGCCAGUUCUUGCCAUCCAGGAGACCGCAGCACUGUAGGAUUCAGGCAGAUGUGGAGCCACACUGUUACAGCUGUCUGAACACGCUCGGAUUCCAACAUGAAGAACCCUGACCAGCACCAGGUCAUUUGUCUUCUCUGCUGCAUGUCUGAGCAGGCAGUGGGAAAUCUGCCUGAAACACCCAGUAAUUGUUAGAGAACGAGCAACAUCCUGCUGCAGAGUAUUGUUUCAGAUCAUUCUUAUCUGGGCAUGAUUUAUGGCUUGUGAGCUUUACUCUGUCCUUGGGAAUGUAUGGCUUUAACAAAAUAAAAGUGACUUUUGCAAAGAGG